AUGGAGAUCAUCACUUCCAUUGUCAUCCAGGGUAUCUUGCUCGCUCUAGCACUAGGCGUCACGAUCCUACGAUGUUGGAUUCGUCUCAUUGUAGAGCGGCGCUCACUGACAUUGCCCGACUAUCUCGUGUGGGGAGGAAUGGUUUGUGCGCUUGGCUGGUUCGCUUGCUCUACGAAAGCGCUCUACAUCCUGAUUGACCAUCCUCUGGAUGAGGAGACCAGAAGUGAUUCCGUUGUUUACCUAAAGGUCGUAUUCGUGUCAGUCUACUUCUUCGACACGGGAUUGUAUUUUCCCAAAGCCUCGCUCGUCGCUUUCUACUGGUGGUUAAUUCCUCAAGGCUUCAGACGUCUCCGGAUCGCAGUUUAUGUCACCACCGUGGUUGUGGCUUGUUCUUUUGUCGCCAGUGUAUUGAUGGAUACUCUUAUCGCACCAAAUAUAUCGGAUAACUGGUCUAUCGAGAACCAGCUCAGUUCAACAUGGAACACUUACUCCAACUUGGUGGUCAAUUGGACGCUCAAUUUCGGCACUGAUCUCUUGCUAUUCGGGCUACCGUUCUUCAUCUUCAACUGCUUGAAGCUUCGUAAGCGACAAAAGAUUGGUCUGGUAGGCAUCUUCUCUCUCGGCGCAAUCACGAUGGCGAUCAGUCUUGCCCGGUUCAUCGUCUAUAACAUGGACUAUGAUGUUUCCGAUGCAGAUGGAAAUCUAUGGUGCACCGCGGAAAUGUGUACAGCCGUUAUCGUCGUCUCACUCCCCUCUCUGAAGGCGCUCAUCAUUAGACCAACGCCUAACAACACGUACGAUCGCAGCAACUCUGGUUACCUGCAAGCCGGGGAUGGCAAGACUAUUGGCAGCAAAGGCAACGGGCAUAGCUCGCGUGUUCAGGGCGGCACGUUGGACGAUGACGAGAUGGAACUUACUUUUCUCGACCGAAAGGCUAGUCCUGCACCAACUGGAGCCACUGAUGAGACUAGGGUGCAAGAUGGGAAAGAUGGCGUGAUUGUGACGACGGAUUUCACUGUCACUAGAGAUGUGCUGUAG